AUGGAAACAACGGCAGGCUUGUCUGCGGCUGUUCAUGCAGUUCUUGAUAAACAUAAUUAUGAGGAUUGGAGUGUUCGGGUACAAACCUAUUUGAUGGCUCAUGAUCUUUGGGUCAUUGUUAAUGCAACCACAGAACAUCCUAAUCUGCUAGAAGAUGAUGAAGCUACUAUUAUGGUUUGGAGAAAGAAGAAUUCCAUGGCUUUGCAUGUGAUCCAGAUUUCAUGCGGAUCGGACGCAUUCUCUAAGAUUAGGAAGAUUACUUCCGCCAGGGAUGCUUGGGAUACUUUGGAAGGAAUGUACGUCCCUAAAAAUACAGGGAUGGACAACAACGAGAGCAAUUUCUAUGAUGAGUAUGUGGCCUUAUCCGACGCUUUGCGAAGUGGUAACUUGUACGAUGCAAGGGAGCUCAUUGAACUCCAACCCAAUGCAGUGAAUAUGGCAAAGCGUAUGCUUAGCGGGAACAAGAAGUUGGUCAGCAUUGGAAAUGCGACAAAUAUACUUCCUGUUGUUAUGGCUAUUCAGUUUAGGCAUACAGCAUUGGCUGGCCAACUCUAUUCUCUAACUCCGCCGGAAGAUCUAAUGCCAGAAAACGGCGUCAAUGGUGCUACGCUUUGUACCCAGGCUAUAUAUACCAGAAAUUUAGAUUUUGCUUGGAGUUUAAUCAAGAGUUGUCCACGUUUGACUCUUGCUUUAGACAGAGAUAAUUGCUCCCCUUUGUAUGCUUUGUCCGCCAUGGCUUAUGCAAUAUUCCAGAGUGGAGAUCAGCUCGCGUGUUGGAACGAUGGAUCUACUCCUCUAGGUACGUGCAUUCAAUCGGCUGGUGCCACCAAUGAAAUUCGUUUGGACGUUGGAAAGGUAGAAAAGCGCCAAAGCGAUCAAGCAAAAACUAUCGGUUCAGUGCUUGCUCGAUUGCGCCAACUGGUUUCAAAUCUACGUAACUUCUCCGGAAUUGAGCAUUUACAUGAAAUGGAGGGGAUCCACGCCCAUUGUCAAAAGCUUUUGGAUCUCAUGUCCAAAGAGAUAUCAAUGUCAAAUAUGCAACAGAGGCAGAAAGGUUGCGUUGAUGGAGCCAUCUUCUGUGCUAUCAAGAACGGAAAUUUUGAGUUUCUUUUUCGUAUUGUUAAAGAAAAUCCAGAUCUUUUGCGGACAGUUGAUAGAGAUUCAAGAAACAUAUUCUUGCUUGCUGUCUUACAUCGACAAGCUAAAAUCUUUAGCCUUAUAUACGGGCUUGAAGAGAAGAAGGUUAUGAUAUAUGAUAGCGAUGCCCAAGGCAAUUUCAUUUUACAUAUGGCAGGGAUGUCAGCACCUUCCACUCUGCUUAACCACAUCUCAGGUCCAGCUUUGGAGGUGCAAAGAGAACUACAGUGGUUUAAGGAGGUGGAGAGCAUUGUCCAUCCCUAGGUUAAUGAAGCUUUAAACAAAGACGGUUUAACUCCCCGUGAAUUGUUUACAAAGAAUCAUAAGGACCUGAUGCAAGCAGGAGAGCAAUGGAUGAAGGGCAUAGCAACUUCUUGUUCAGUGGUAGCUGUUCUCAUCGUCACCAUUACGUUUGUUGCAGCCUUUACUGUUCCAGGU